ACAUGAAAAUUCUACCAAACAUCUUUUUUACAUUGCCGCCAUUUUUUUGUGGUUUUCCUGUUUCGCAAUAUAAUUGACUUGUUUUAUGUGUAAAUUAAUAAACUGUAGUUGAACGAAGAAUUAUUCCCACAGAAAAUAUUAAUUAGAACAUUUCGUCUCCACAAGGAGUAUACCGCCGUUGCCUAAUCGCUCCUGAUAAAUAAUUCGGUAAAAUGAAGCGAGACGCAUACGGCGAUGAAGGGCCCGCACAGAAACGUCCACGCCAGAACGACGACGAAGUCACCUUCCUCAUACCGAGCAAGGUGGCGGGCUCGAUCAUCGGGAAGGGCGGCGCAAAUAUAUCCAAGCUAAGGAAUCAGUACAAAGCCUCUAUAACAGUCCCAGAUUGCCCCGGCCCCGAACGGGUACUAUCGAUUACGGCGCCGGAUGUCGACACGAUUUUGGAAAUCGUUAAAGAAAUACUGCCAUGCCUAGCAGAAGGAGGUGUCAAGAGCACGAACGAGGACUUGGACGUCCGUCUACUGAUCCACCAGAGCCGCGCCGGAUGCGUUAUAGGGAAAGCUGGAGCCAAGAUCAAAGAACUGCGAGAGAAAACAGGCGCUCGCCUAAAGAUCUUCUCGAACCCGGCGCCGCAGAGUAUGGAGCGCGUCGUGCAGCUCGUGGGCAAGGCCGAGGCCGUCGCGGCCGGCGUCAAGGAGGUUCUCGACCUCAUCCGGCAGGUUCCCAUCAAAGGCGCCAUACAAAAUUACGAUCCACACAAUUACGAUGACUUCUAUGCGGAUGAAUAUGGAGGCUUCGGUAGUGGGCAAGGAGGUGGUGGGCCUCGGGGUGCAGGGCCUCGAGGACCACCGCGCGGACCCCCACGGGGUAUGCCGCCCAUGGGCCCCGCGGGGCGCGGCCCAGCCCCUCGCGGCCCUCCAAUGGGUCGCAAUGGUCCUCCCGGGCCCAGGCCCGCCUUCAAUGACUUCGGUGGCCCUGGACCUCGAGCCAGCUUCAGUGGUCCUCCCAGAGGGAACUUUGGAGGUGGCGGUGGCGGCGGCAGUAGCUUCGGUGGAGGAAACUUUAGCGGCGGCCGAGGCGGCGGCAACGGCGGUGGGAACUUUAGCAACAACGGCGGCAACCAACAGGACACAACCACACAAGUCACCAUUCCCAAAGAUUUGGCCGGUGCGAUAAUAGGCAAGGCCGGUUCCCGCAUCCGCAAGAUCCGCGCAGAGAGCGGCGCGGGCAUCGAGAUCGCGGAGCCGCUGCCCGGCUCCACCGACCGCAUCAUCACCAUCACCGGCACCCCGCAGCGCAUACAGAUGGCGCAGUACCUGCUGCAGCAGAGUGUGCACGAGAGUAACCCGAAUCUCGGAGGACGUGGGAACUUCUAAUAGCAGCAGCGAUUUUGAAGUGUGUUUAUAUUGAUAUCAAAAGCUUUACUUUUGUCACCUCAGAUCACGUCAUUAAUUUUAUACAGUAUCAAUCCGAGGCUCACCUUAUUAUUAUAUAUCUGUACAUAGUGACAAAGCCUAACCAGGAAAAUAUAUAAUUUACUGUGCUAAGUUUAUUGCAUGCUCCAAUGAAAUUAUAUUUGUCAACUUUGUUUUUUUGACUUGAUUUAUUAAUCGUAGAAUAUGCUAGGCUAUAUUUUGUCUUGUUUAAUCUUGAAAUAUAAUGAUUAUAUGCAAUAAUGGUGUGAUAUACAGUAUGAUAUUUUCAAUGAGGGGUUAUUCAAAGAGGAAGUUUUACAAAUUAAAAUAUAAAUCAUUUAUCUUGUAGGAAACUUCAAACUGUCACCCUUAAUGUUUGCACUAUUACAGCUUGCGUGAGGGCGGGCGACUUACUUUGCAGGUAUCUCUUGUGGGGUACGACCCCUGUUCAAAAUAUCCUCCUGUUUUAUUUCUCUGGUCGGGUUUUAGCUAUUUAAGAAUGCAUUUAUCAUAAUUAAUAUGUAAUUGUAAAAGAGUGUUAACUAAGAUUGUGUCAAUGAUUUACCGAUUUAUUUGUUACAUCGAUGUAUUUUUAAGUGAUAGCAAGGAAAAUAAAUAGUUUAUUUUAUGACA